GUUCAGAAACCUUUUCCCAGUGGCUUACUGGAAUACCGGAAGAACCUAAGCACUGCGGUACUGGGUUUAGGUUUCUACAUAGCGUUUCAUUAGAGAAAAAUCGGCUGAGCUAGCCCUACCACCACCCUACAGGUGACAGGUGACAGGAUCCAGAUAUCUGAUCUAGGCUGAGUUGGUCAUCAUGGCUUGGAGAAUGAAGAUAAAACUUCCAAAGCUGCAAAUAACUCAAAGGCAAACAGGUUCAGCUGUGAGAAGGUCUGUUACUCCCAGGGGUCUGCCGAAGGCCAAUCAUGAGACUGAAACAACAGUGAAAACAAGCACUGAUCAUGAAGCCAAUUCCAUCCGGAUUGACACCAGCACUCUUGAUCAGAAUGAAGACGUGGAGAACCAGGGUGCACGAAGUUUGCAUGAGAUAAAACAAAUUGCUAAUGCUGAAUCGUGGGGGAAAAUUAGAGAGCGUCUCUUAAAGGCUGCUGUUGAAAGUUCUAUUCUUCCACCUGGCCAGUCUUGCAGUGUGUGCGCUAACUGUGCACAGUACAGAUGUGUUGAUUGUGGGCCUACAAUAUACUAUUGUGAGGCUUGUCUCGGAGAUUCUCAUUUGAUGCGCAACAUUUUUCACUGUGCUGAACUGGGAGGAUGAAAUGUACAAGCCAAUAACUAUCGAGGGCCGGUGUAUUGAUGUCUCUCCUAAUCACCAAUGUUCCACAAAGAAGGCAGUACCUCUUUGCUGUAUUGACACAAAAGGGAUUGAGCACAGAAUCCAGUUUUGGUGUUGUGAAUGUGAGACUGUAUGUGAAACAAUGAUACGAGCUCGUCUAUGGCCAGCAAGCCCAAGAUUCCCAGAAACAGCAUUCACUUUUGAGCUACUAGACUGGGCCGAGUCGCUUCUUCUGGAAUGUCAAGUAGCACUUGGUGACUUUUGCAGGUCAUUAUACUUUAAUUGCCCACAUUUAGUGAAGAAGAGAAGAGACAUUUAUGCUUCAAUGAUCGACGCUUUUGAAGAAUACAGGUAUUUGAAAAUGGAACUCCGGCAUAUGAGUUUCGUGAGCCCAAAGCUUGACAGUGGCAACAUCUGUCCAGCUUGUCCAAAGAAUGACGGAAGCCUUUUCAUUUCAAUGGAUGCUUUGUUUGGUCUACCCCGAAAAAAGUCUGCUGGGAAGAGCCACAGGCCUCCACUUCAUGACUCUCUAUUUUUUAAAGAUCAAAGCAGUGUUGAUGAGUAUGUGUCAAAUUCUUCCGAGAUUAGGGAACUACACAGAACUUGUAAUGAUUUCCUUGCUGGAAGUGCAUUGAGAUCUGCAAAUAGAUACUGUGCCCUCGAUGAGACAGCUGUGUUUGGAUCUGCCUGUAGACAUGAAUUUCCCCUCAUGUUUAUCAAUUUGAAGCAUGGUGAAAGGUUGUCAUAUGCAAAGUGGUUGCUGCUAGAAAUGGUUCAGAAUUAUCCCACUCAGAAACUUAAUAUCAUGUAUGAUAUUGCUUGCAAGCUCCAUAAAAACUUAUUGAAAUCAGAGUGUUCUGAAGUCUUAGAGAAAAUUGACCUGUCAAUUCCAUCGUUUCAUGCAUUUGGUCACAAUGCACAGUGCCAGGCGGCUUAUGGACCUACUCGACGAAUAGAGUUAGGGCUCUCAGAUGGUGAGGUAAUGGAACGUUUGUGGUCAUACCUGCGACGGUUUUCUCGAAUGACGAAGGAAAUGCGACCAUCUCACCGGAUUGAUGUACUCACUCACGCAUUGUUGUUUUAUGGAUCUAGAACGAAGCAAAAAUUAGGGACUUUGCUGGCUAACCGCUGGAAAAAGGCAGAAGGGCUUAAACUUGCUGCGCAAAGUUCUUAUGAGGAACUCACAUCCUCUUUACCAGAAACUGUCACUGAGGACAAUGUGAAACAGUGGGUUGAAGAGGAUAGAGUUCUUAUCUCUUCCUGUGUUGUGGCGAAUUCCGGACAAGCUGACUGGAAGAUCACCUAUGUUCAGCUGCUGCACACUUUGUGUACAGAAGAUCUGUCAACACUGCAAUAUAUAAGACUCAAGAAACAACUAGAGGAAUUUGAAAAAAAGCACGGGAUAGCUGCUCGCUGGGAUACCAGUGACCCCCAGUACAUUGCAGCAAGAUCAAUCGACUUGAAAGAGAAGCAGCACCAAUUGCAGCUCUCACUUUGGUCUACUGUUUGUCGAAGACAGUUUCUUGUGAAAACAAAAGCAAAGUAUGCAGAUGGUCAAAAGAUUGCUAAAAGACUUUGCAAAGGAAUUUCCAAAGAAACGAAAAAGGCCAAUAAGAUCCUCUCUGAACACCACCACAUUUCUCUACAAUUGGACCCAUCAUACUCAAAGCCAAACAUCUCACAAGUUCUUUCUCCAGACAGCACUGUGUGGCAGCAAAGAUUUGAUGGAGCCCUUGUAUCUACACAUAUGCCACAGUGUGUAAAACGGGAUAUCAUCGAAGCAUACUUGUUGAAAGAACGAUGCAACAAAGAACAGUGUCUCCUGAAAAUCGACAUGACGAAUGUCAUUAGCUACUGGCAAGAAAAGGCUUCAUGCAUCACAGCUCUCAUUCUUGAAACAAGUGGUACAGAUGCUUUUAAAGUAGGCUGUGUGUGUCUUUUGAAGAAAUGUUUGGUUGAAGUUGAACAUAACUGUUCCAAAGUGACCGUACUUUUUUCUAAUAUUCUCGAAAACUCUGAAAGUGUUGAUUUAGACUCAGAGAAUGAUAGUUCGGACUCAGAGGAUGAUCGUUCGGACUCAGAGAAUGAUCGUUCAGACAUUGAUGUAGAUGAUUAGAUUAUUUCUAUGCAAUUGUUGCAUGCAUGGUUGGUUGUUCCACUUCAUAAUCACAUGCACGUCACUUGCAAAUAAUAUGCUGUUGUCAGAAUGUUUGGUAUGAAUGCACAUAAUUAUACAAUAGUUUGCAUUCUUCAAUGAAGUGAUCAACGUUC